GUUGUGAGCUAUCAAUUUCAAUUCUUCGUAAAUCAGUCGAUCACUCUACUUGGGAGGAAGGGCUGGUAGAACCAGAAGAAGAAAGAGAACGACAAUGAACCCGAAUAUGCAAAUAAAUUCGAAUUCACCAUCACUCUUCGCCUCCAUUGACAUGGGAACAAACUCCUUCAAGCUUCUGAUUGUCCACGCAGACCCUUCUGGAAGAUUUUUCUUUCCCAUCGAGAAACUCAAAGAACCCGUUGUACUUUCCCGCGAAUCUCCGACCUCAAUCUCCCCUCAAUCCCAGGUUCGCGCGCUCCAAUCUCUCCGGAAAUUCAAAAGUUUGAUCCUCUCCCACAACCUGUCAUGUGACCAGACUCGCUGCGUUGCGACGGAAGCCCUGCGCGAGGCGGAGAAUCAGAAACACUUUCUGGAGGCAGUCUACGAGGAUGUCGGAUUCCAGGUUGAUGUGCUAUCGGGUGAAGAGGAAGCGAGGUUCGUUUAUCUGGGCGUGCUUCAGUUUCUGCCCGUUUUUGAGAAAUCCGUGUUGUGUGUCGAUAUAGGAGGUGGGUCUACUGAAUUUGUGGUGGGUAAGCGUGGCGAUGUGAAAUUUGCUGCUUCCUUGAAGCUAGGUCAUGUGAAUCUGACGCAAAAGUUUGUAAAAAGUGGUCUUGGUUUGGAUAAAAUGAGAGAGUAUAUCCGUUCUGUGAUAGGUGAGUCCCGAAUAGCAGAUAAAGUGAAGGAAUCUGGUGGUUUUGAGAUGGUUGUCGGAUCUUCGGGAACAAUAAGGGCUCUUGAGAACGCAGUUUUCAGUGGCUAUGGAGGUCAUAUGUGUGGAAUGCAUUUGGAGAAUUUCAAGAGGGAUUGGAGAUUUAGUAGAAGAGAGCUGAGCAAUGUUGUGGAGAGACUAUGCAGUGAAGGAGAAGAAGAGCAGAUUCGGAGAGAUGGGGUUUUCAAGAGAAGAUCAGAGUUCAUAGUUGCUGGGGCGAUAUUGUUGGAGGAGAUAUUCGAGGUUCUUAGUAUCAAUGAAAUGGAGGUGUCGGAAUAUGCAUUGGGUGAGGGAUUAAUUACUGAUUCUCUGGCUAAGGCUUUUGAUGGAUUGCAUGAUUUGAAUGCCAAUGCGAGGUGGAGAUCUGUCAUGCGGCUUGCCACUCGGUUCAAUGGCAGGAAGAGAAUGAAUUGUGCUGUACACUGUGCUAAGAUUGCAAAGGAGAUCUUUGCUGGUUUGAGGAAGUGCACUGAUCUUGGUUCUGCCUUAGACGACAAGGAUUUUGAGUAUCUUGAAGCUGCCUGCUUGCUGCACAACAUUGGGGCCUCCACUGGUAAUAAGGGUUACCAUAAGCAGUCUUAUCAUAUCAUAAAGAACGGGGAUCAUCUCCAAGGCUAUACUGCUGGGGAGGUCAAGCUUAUAGCGCUGCUCACGAGAUACCAGAGAAAGAAAUUUCCGAAGCUUGAUCAUGCUUCUCUUAAAGACUUCACUAAAGAGACAAAGCAGAAGUACAUGAUCAUGUGUUCGGUUAUACGGUUAGCUGUUAUUCUACAACAGAGUGAGAACAUAGAUCUCCAAGAAGUUGAUUUUCUUGAAUCAUGUGAAGGCUUCAGACUUGUUGUGAAACAACGCAGUCACGAUAAACUGGUGGAAGAUGGUAUAGACAAUGUGUGCGAGGCAACGCAAUUGAAGCAAGAGCUGGAGCGUUUCGAAACGCUGUUCAACAAGAAAAUGGUGGUUGUAUCUUCCUCCUGAAUAUGGAUCAGACAAGACUCCGAGUCCUUUGCUUUGACUUUGAGGUACAAGAAACGUUUCCCAUAUCUCGUCUUUUGGGACAUUUCAUUACGGCAUCUCUUCAUCAUCAUCACGCCGAAAUGCUUUUCAUUUGUAUCAAAACCUUGUGCAUGUCAUUCAAGGCCUAUGACAGUGUCGGCAGACAGUGCUCUACCUGAGGCUCGAAACAGCAGGCUGUUUAUCCUCCGGUGCCGGCACGCAGUGUUAUACUGGAAAUAGAAAACGACGGUUUUUGUUUUGUUUUUUUUUUUUACAAGUUUUCAAGGGCUAACUGGGCCUGAAGCGGCCCAUGAGCGUGUUCGAUAACAAGAAGACAUAAAUACCCUCGAGUAUUGGGUUAAUUUUCC